CCCGGCCGCCCCGCCCAGACGCUGACGUCACCGGCCGGCGCCGCGCGGUUUGACGUCCCUGAGACCCGCCUUCCGGAAGGAAGCCCGAGCGGCUGAGGAUGGCGACCGCCGCGGAGCAGUGGGUCCUGGUGGAGAUGGUGCAGGCGCUCUACGAGGCUCCUGCUUACCAUCUUAUUUUAGAAGGAAUUCUAAUACUCUGGAUAAUCAGACUUCUUUUCUCUAAAACUUACAAAUUGCAAGAACGAUCUGAUCUUACAGUCAAGGAAAAAGAAGAAUUGAUUGAAGAGUGGCAACCAGAACCUCUUGUUCCUCCUAUCUCAAAAGACCAUCCUGCUCUCAACUACAACAUUGUUUCAGGCCCUCCAAGCCACAGCAUCGUGGUGAAUGGAAAAGAAUGUAUAAACUUUGCCUCCUUUAAUUUUCUUGGAUUGUUGGGUAACCCUAGAGUGAAGGCAGCGGCUUUGGCAUCUCUAAAGAAGUAUGGUGUGGGGACUUGCGGUCCUAGAGGAUUUUACGGCACAUUUGAUGUGCACUUGGAUUUGGAAGACCGCCUUGCAAAAUUUAUGAAGACAGAAGAAGCCAUUAUCUACUCGUAUGGAUUUGCCACCAUAGCCAGUGCUAUUCCCGCUUACUCUAAGAGAGGGGACAUUGUGUUUGUAGAUAGAGCUGCCUGCUUUGCUAUUCAGAAAGGAUUACAGGCAUCACGUAGUAACAUUAAGUUAUUUGAGCAUAAUGAUAUGGCUGACCUGGAGCGACUGCUAAAAGAGCAAGAGAUCGAAGAUCAAAAGAAUCCUCGCAAGGCACGUGUAACUAGACGUUUCAUUGUAGUCGAAGGCCUGUACAUGAAUACUGGCACCAUUUGUCCCCUUCCAGAAUUGGUUCAGUUAAAAUACAAGUACAAAGCCAGGAUCUUUCUGGAGGAGAGCCUUUCGUUUGGAGUGCUGGGGGAGCAUGGCCGAGGAGUCACUGAGCAUUUUGGAAUCAAUAUCGAUGAUAUUGAUCUCAUCAGUGCCAACAUGGAGAACGCACUUGCUUCCAUUGGGGGCUUCUGCUGUGGCCGCUCUUUCGUAAUCGACCACCAGCGCCUUUCCGGUCAGGGAUACUGCUUCUCUGCCUCGUUGCCGCCCUUGUUAGCUGCUGCUGCCAUUGAGGCCCUCAACAUCAUGGAAGAGAAUCCAGGUAUUUUUGCAGUGUUGAAGGAAAAGUGCAAACGAAUUCAUAAAGCUUUACAAGGCAUUUCUGGCCUGAGAGUGGUGGGGGAGGCCCUGUCCCCCGCCUUCCACCUGCAGCUGGAAGCCAGCACUGGGUCCCGGGAGCAGGACGCCAAGCUGCUGCAGGAGAUCGUCCGGCAGUGCAUGGACCGGAGCAUCGCCCUCACACAGGCGCGCUACCUGGAGCGAGAAGAGAAGUGCCUGCCGCCUCCCAGCAUUAGGGUGGUGGUCACUGUGGAGCAGACGGAAGAGGAGCUGGAGAAGGCCGCGUCCACCAUCAAGGAGGUCGCCCAGGCGGUCCUGGGCUAGUCCCGCAGGCUCGGACGGGCCGGCACAGCCGGCUGCGCACAGCGGAGGUCUGCACCGCCGCGUCGCCGGCACGGCGGCUGCCGCCUCGGCAUGACCGUGCGGAGGAUGCUGGUUAUUUUUCCAGAGGAAACACAUCUAAAAGCCCAGGAACUGGUGGUGGUUUUUAAGGAAAACUGGUGAAAGCAUACAACUGCAUGGGAUCAUACUGUUUAGUGCUUUCUAAAUGUUCAUUGUACCAGUAUUUUAUGUUCUUCCUUUUGUUGUUGUUUAAAAAUGGAGCUUCAGUUACCGCCCCUCCCUCCGGUGAGACUGGGCGCUCCUCAGGCUUCCAGGGAGUGGCCGUACGGCCUGGAGGAGCCGCCUGCGGGGAGCUCCGGUGGCUGACACUGGAGACUGCGGUUAUUCUGCACGUCCGAGCCUUUUACAAACCUGAGGGCCCGUUCGCCAGCCAGCCAGCCAGCCAGCCUCGCUACCCAGAGACGAGCCUCGAGACUUCCUGUGUGCGAAUGUACACCAGAUCCUGUCCUGUCUCCGUUUGUUACGUGUGGUCCUAACCUUCCGUAGGGAGAGGGUUAUUGUGCCGAUCCCAAAACAUGAAUCAUGGCCUCGGGCUUCUAGAAUGUAUUGGAUGGAUUCCUGGGGACAUGGAACUACAGGCUUUUUCUCAGCUAAGGAAAAUGAGAAGGUUUUUCUUUUCUGUUUUUGAUUCCAAAUAUCCAGAAAUAAUACAAAGCACUAAAGAUUAAAUUAGGAAGCUGUACCUCAGCUGUUUUCCCUUGGCAAACCCAGUGAGGUGGUGGGAAUGUUCAUUAUAGCACCCAUGGUGCAUAAGUAUUACGCCUUUUCUCCAUCUUACUAACGGUGAAGGAGUAAAAUUGUAGAAAUGUCGUUUUUAUAACCUGUGUUCGCCAUCCUUUCAAGUAACACCCUUUUAGAACGUG